AUGGCCCCAUCGUCUGCUACCAUUACCUUUAAUCUUCCUGGUCUGGAAUAUUCCUUUCGGGCAAAGCUGCUCGCGGACGAGAACCCCGAUGUCGUUCAGCAGGUCCUGGUCCAGCUCCCCCUUAAGAGCGUCCUUGGCCACGUUGUGAUCGCGGGCGAGACCUUUUGGGCCCCUACCCGGAUCGUGCACCUGGGCCGCAACCACAUGGUCCUGCGGCAUUUGGGUGCAGUGUAUCUCAAUGCACGAGGUCAGUCUAUCUGCAUCACCUACGGCACGAUCACCGAGAGCGCCAAGAUCAACAAGUUCGCCGAGGUGUUUGAGGAGGAUCUGCCCAAGCUAAAGGAAAUCGGGAAACUCGUAUACCAGCAGACCGUUACGCAGCCCCGCCACACACUCAUGGAAGUGCACAUCUCGAGCGAGAUUUGCUCACACCUCAAGCCCCCUGAAAACCAACCGGUGGCAGCACUGCCCCCCUCGCCAAAAGGUCACUGGCUAGCGGUCAAAUCCAUAAUAGAAGAGGAGAUCGAUCGAGUCUGGCUUAAGGAGCCGGCGGAGAUCCAAAAAAUCCGUUGGGGAGUGAUUGAUAGCGGCGCGGGCAGUGGCGGUCAGUACUUCACGGUUUUGGUCCACCUGGAAGCGUAUCUCAUGGUCGUGGGUGGAGAUGUGAUGAGCCGCUUCCUAAAAAUUGCCCAGUAUGAGGAGACCCAGCUGCCGACUCUGAAUCGCAUCACGAAGGAGUUCCUCGUUGAGAACUUUGACCUAUUUGAGUUCAUGGCGGACUUAGGGCUGGAAAAUAUGUCCAAAAUAGGCCAGUUGUAUUCGAAUGCGCUGGAAACAUUGGCUACGAAGGAGGAAUACAUACAGCUGACCAGUGCGAUGCUCACAUAUGUCAAUCGGAUGCAUCGCUGGACAUACUUUAUCUUUCCACGGCACCUUGGAGCUGCAUUUCCGAAACGCACGCCGGCUGAAGUCCGUUCUUUUUCCAACAUUGUCACCGCUGGUCUUAAUUAA